AUGGAAGUCCUGAGGAGCAGUAUCACAUCUGAUCCCAAGGGAGCAGGGUCCCUGAGAAGGAGUAUAGAUUGCAAUCCCAAGGGAUCAGGGACCCUUCCUGGUUUAAAGUCAAGAAAUAGUCUGGGCUCUUUCUCCUCGGAUCCGGUGGCGGACUGUCGUAUCUUCGAUCAUGGCAAAAUCAAGGCCAGGGAUCUUCGUGGGAAGAAGAAGGAGGAGCUACUUAAACAGUUAGAUGAUUUAAAGGUGGAACUUUCCCAAUUGAGAGUGGCUAAGGUCACUGGAGGAGCUGCAUCCAAGCUAUCUAAGAUCCGAGUUGUCAGAAAAUCUAUUGCCCGAGUCCUGACUGUCAUCAACCAGACACAAAAAGAGAACCUCAGGAAAUUCUAUAAGGGCAAGAAAUACAAGCCCCUGGACCUUCGGCCCAAGAAGACCCGUGCCAUGCGCCGCAGGCUUAAUAAGCAUGAGGAAAGCCUGAAGACCAAAAAACAGCAGAGGAAGGAACGCCUGUACCCUCUUCAGAAAUUUGCUGUUAAGGCAUAAUUUGUAGAAGUGCUAAAUAAAAAGACAAAUUGUUAUAAAAAAAAAAAA